AUGCAGGCAAGGCUUGUAGAUGCUCUCAAUGAAAUACGGAAACGCUAUCCGGACCUUGACCCAGAUACAGAUUCCUACCUUGAGGGUAUUAUAGUCGAAAAUGGAGAACACUUCGAGUCAACUGAUGAAGUUUACGAAGCCAUUGGAGGAUUUCUUGAAAAUUUAGGGGGUAACAAGGAUGUUCGCCAGUGUUGCGUAGAAGUUUACAGUAUUAUUCACCCGCAAGUCAUCUCCAAACUAUGUCAUAGUGUCUUACUUCAUAGGAGUGGGCAUAUCAUUACUCAGGAGCGAUUAGACGAACCAGUUCACAUGGCUGCGCUGGUGAACAACUUCAACGAACGUGUUAUAGAUACCGCAAGCAUCUGGAUGGCUAAACGUGAAAUUUCCAGCGUAGUCCUCCCAAAACAGACCGUCGAUCCGGUAAAACUUGCCAAAGCCGAGGCACGUUCUCGCGAGAAACAGACCAAAAAACUGCAAAACAACGACGCUUCCUCUUCAAAGCAAGUAGAACUAUGUUCUUUACAUACGAUUUUACUACUUAGAACCAGCCUUCACGAGGUAGAAUCAGCCUGUGUUAGUCAACGGUCAGAUCGAAGGGAAAAGUUGUAUACUGCUGGAAUAGCUAAGUUUACCGAUCUCCACGUCGAAAAUUUUGAUAUAUCAUUCGGAAGUCGGGUCCUUCUGCAAAAUGCCAAUUUACAUCUCUCUUUCGGCCAUCGCUACGGUCUCAUUGGACGCAAUGGAUGUGGCAAAACUACGCUUCUUCGGGCUUUGGCAAAUGGUGAUCUUCGAUUGCCUCCAGGUCUAACUGUUCUCCAUGUCGAGCAGGAGGUGGCAGGUGACAACACCCCAGCUAUCGAGAGCGUCCUCCAGGCAGAUACGCAGCGUGCAAAUCUUUUGGCUGAGUUGGCUAAGUUGCGGGCAGGAAAGGAGACUGACGAAACGUUCUCCCGUAUCGCCCAAAUUUUCGAUCAACUCAUCGCUAUUGACGCUGAUAGUGCACCCGCGCGUGCUGCUUCCAUCCUUCAUGGUCUUGGAAUUGAAUCCCAAAAACAAAACUGUCCCACGAAGAAAUUUUCGGGAGGGUGGCGAAUGCGACUGGCUCUGGCAAGAGCUUUGUUUGCGAAACCCGACCUUCUACUUUUGGAUGAACCGACGAACAUGUUGGAUAUGCGUGCUAUGAUCUGGUUGGAGAAUUAUGUCCAGACUUGGAGAGGGAUCAUGGUAGUUGUUUCGCACGAUCAAGCCUUUCUCAAUGCCAUCGCAACGGAUACAAUCCAUCUCACUGCGAAGCGGCUGGAUGUCUAUCGUGGUGACUAUGACGCCUUCGUGAGGGCUCGUGAGGAAAGACUGCUCAACGAGGAACGCGAGUACCUGGCGCAGAAGGCUGAACGCGACCACAUUCAGCAAUUCAUCGAUACCUUCCGCUACAACGCAAAGCGCGCUUCGCUAGUCCAAAGUCGAGUCAAGGCCCUUGAACGAAUGCCAAAGCUGGUGCCUCCCGAAAAAUCCGUCGUGGUUAUUUUCAAGUUUCCUGAGUGUGAAAAGCUUACCCUGCAACCUCUAGUUCAACUGGAGGGUGUCCACUUCCACUAUUUGCCCGAAACGCCUCUACUCGAAGACGUGGACCUUACUGUUCUCUUCAGCUCCCGAAUCUGCGUCGUAGGAGAGAACGGAGCUGGUAAGACCACCCUUCUUCGACUACUUCUGGGAGAUUUGACACCCACAAAAGGACUUCGUCACUGUCAUCGUUCCCUUCGAAUGGCCUACUUUUCACAGCACCAUGUAGAUCAGCUCGAUCUCAAUGUCUCCAGUCUGGAAUUUCUCAUGAAGAAGUUUCCAGGCGAGACGGAACAGCGCUACCGCAGUCAAUUGGCGUCUUUUGAAAUCAGCGAACUUUUGGCUCAGCAACUAAUUAAAAGUCUUUCUGGGGGACAGAAGUCUCGAGUCGCCUUCGCUGCUCUCUGCAUGUUAAGGCCUAACCUAUUGAUCCUGGACGAACCGACCAACCAUCUAGACAUUGAGACAAUCAACGCACUGGCCGAAUCGCUGAAAAAUUUCAGUGGAGGCGUCGUUCUAGCCUCCCACGACGAGCGCCUAAUUGCAUCGGUGUGCACGGAAUGUUGGGUAUGCACCCGCUAUUCUCCAAACGACAAAAAUGACCCCUCGAGGGCCAGUCGUGUAUCCGUUUUGGCUGGCGGACUAGAGGAAUACAAAAAGGCUGUGCAUAGGCAACUGGACGCUGGUGAGACAAGUCGAUAG